GGAAAACAUGGCGACUUUGUGGACGAGCGGAAUGCAGGUAUGCAGAGCCUUACCGCGACUCUGCGCUAUACCCACCAUACAGAGGGGGAGAACAGUCCGGCUCAUGUCUACAGAGACAGAUGCUCUACAGAUAGAUGUUGACAGCAAAACAGGGGUGGCUACUAUGAAAAUGUGCCGUCCACCUGUCAAUAGUCUCAAUCUAGAGUAUCUCACAAGUAUGAAUAUAGCACUUGAGAAACUGGAGAAUGAAAAGUGUAAAGGACUCAUUUUGACUUCAGCUGUACCUAAGAUUUUCUGUGCUGGAUUGGACAUUCUUGAAAUGUAUCAACCCGAUGUGGAAAGAUUGCAAGUGUUUUGGAGAUCAUUACAAGAUGUUUGGCUUAGAUUGUAUGGCUCCAAAAUGGCAACCAUAGCAGCUAUUAAUGGUCACAGUCCUGCAGGAGGCUGCCUACUCGCCACAUGUUGUGAUUACCGGAUAAUGGCUCCUAACUACACCAUUGGACUCAAUGAAACUCAGCUGGGUAUUGUCGCCCCAUUUUGGUUCAAGGAUACAAUGUAUGGGGUCAUAGGUAACAGGGAAACGGAGUAUGCCCUCACAUUAGGUGUCAUGUACAGCACGGAGGAAGCCCUUGGCAUCAAACUUAUUGACAAGGUUGUACCACAGGAUGAGGUUUACACCGCAGCUCAGGAGAAAAUGAAGCAGUAUCUGAAAAUUCCAGAGGUAGCCCGUCAGCUCAGCAAGGACAUGAUGCGGAGAGAGACAGUUGAAAAGCUAAGACUUAAACGUGAAGAAGACGUUGCUAACUUUAAGAACUUUGCAAUCAGAGAUUCAGUGCAGAAGUCUUUGGGAAUGUACUUAGAAAUGCUCAAAAAGAAAAGUCAACAGAAAAAGUAGAAAAUACAGAUACACGUCAAAAGGACAUUCUGUAUCAGAUUGUCAUAAAUGUGUAUGUAAUAUUGUCAUAAAUGUGUAUGUAAUAUAACAUAUAUCCAGGUUGUUACGCCCAUGAUUAAUGGGUUAAAAAGACUUAAAAGUUGGUUUGCUGCAGGUAAAAUCUUUCCAUUUUCUUUAUUGGUCAAGUUGUGUUAAGUGUGGAGUUGGUCUCUUCGUUGGUCAGACAUUGCUGACUAACUUUAGAAAACAUGUGAACAAACCAGUGGGCAUGUUUGUUAUUUAUUGGUUGUAGAAUCUAUGGUAACCAUACUUCUUAUAGAAUGUACAACAUUAUUUGACAUUGAGUUAGUUUUAUGUUGUUAUGUGGUUUUGCCUCUCAAGCUGAAGCUGCCAGGAGGUAUACAGGGAUUAAAAGAAUAACUGUUCUUUGAGUAAAGAAAAAGUGACAUUGAAUUCAACAAAUGUCACAUCAUGUCACUUAGUUUCGGGGCUAGUGACCAGGCCACUGUAUCCAGUUUUGAGAUCCAUGGUGUGAUUUCCUUUCUUAUAUUUUGCAUCAGUUUAUUUCAAACCAGUUUUGUCAGUAACAAUGACGAGACCCAGGAAUGAUAUCACUGAUGUUUGUCAUUUAACGUUAAACAUAUCUACGCGUGUAGUUCAUUUUAACAUCAUUUCAUAACUUUUUAUCCUUACUGGCCAAAUUGCACUGGAUUGAUAUGAACCAUUACAUUAUUUCUUGGGGGAAAAAAAACAGACUAUUGAUUUUGUAUAAGAAAACUAUAUAAUAAGUCGAUGGUGUCAUUUAAUAAGUCUUAUAUAAUACAAGCAUUUAUGUAGAGUGGAUGUGAUACACAAUGUAUAUGAAAUAAGUUAUUGAUGAAUAAAAUCAUAUUUUGUACAUAGA